AUGAGUGUGAGGAGAAUAUUCCAAUGUGUGCGCAUGAAGCAAUUAUUGUGGGCAAAAGAAGGGAACUGUGUUGGACAAGAAAGUGUUUCACUGUUUCUUCUGGCUAUUGGUUUUAGAGAAUAUUCUCGCUACAUUUGUUUUAACUACCCAUUUACUCAUGAAAGAUCAUUGCUGAGCAACCUAAAGUAUUUCCCCUGGCAAGCAGAUCAGGCCCAUUUUAAGGCUUGGAGACAGGGUUGUACUGGUUACCCAUUAGUUGAUGCAGGUAUGAGAGAGCUUUGGGCAACUGGGUGGAUGCACAAUAGGAUAAGAGUGAUUGUUUCUGGGUUUUUCGUAAAGUUUUUGCUUCUACCAUGGCAAUGGGGAAUGAAGUAUUUCUGGGAUACCCUUCUGGACUCAGAUUUGGAAACUGAUAUUCUUGGCUGGCAGUACAUAUCAGGUAGCUUGCCAGAUGGACAUGAGCUUGAGCGUCUAGAUAGCCCACAGGUACGCGUUACUUCCCUUCCUAUACGGGCUAUAUGUUACAAUGCUCUUAUUGUGUAUGUAUGGAGAAAUUAA